GCUGCAGCCCCGGCCCCGCCCCCCGCGAACACCAGGCCUCAGCCCGAUCCCCGGCCUCGAGUAGUAACAGCAGCCGCCGCCAUGACGAUUUACCGGCUGGUGCUGGUGCGGCACGGGGAGAGCACGUGGAACCAAGAAAACCGCUUCUGCGGCUGGUUUGACGCGGAGCUGAGCGAGCGGGGCCUGGCGGAGGCUCAGCGCGGGGCCGAGGCCCUGAGAGACGGCGGCUACCAGUUCGAUGUCUGCUACACGUCGGUGCUGAAGCGGGCGGUGCGGACGCUGUGGCUCAUCCUCGACGCCAUUGACCAGAUGUGGCUUCCGGUCACCCGCACCUGGCGCCUGAACGAGCGUCACUACGGCGGCCUGACCGGCCUCAACAAGGCCGAGACCGCGGCCAAGCACGGGGAGGCGCAGGUCAAGAUCUGGCGCCGCUCCUUCGACACCCCCCCGCCCCCCAUGGACCCCGAUCACCCCUACUACCAGGUCAUCAGCAAGGAGCGGCGUUACGCUGGGUUGAAGGCCGGGGAGCUGCCCACAUGUGAGAGCCUGAAGGACACCAUCGCCCGGGCCCUGCCCUUCUGGAACGAGGUGAUCGCGCCACAGAUCAAAGCCGGGAAACGUGUCCUGAUCGCAGCUCAUGGCAACAGCCUGCGCGGCAUCGUCAAGCACCUGGAGAAUAUGUCUGACGCGGCGAUCAUGGAGCUGAACCUGCCGACCGGCAUCCCCAUCCUGUAUGAGCUGGACUGUAACCUGAAGCCGACCAAACCCAUGCAGUUCCUGGGCGACGAGGCCACUGUCAAGGCCGCCAUGGAGGCCGUGGCUGCUCAGGGAAAGGUCAAAGCCUGAGCCAGUCUUGAAUCCCCCACCCCGAGCCAGCACUGAACCCCCAUUGCCCUGCCCGCGUCCCUCCCAGAGCCGACACUGAUCCCCAUCCUGUCUCCCUCUCACUCCUGGACACUGUGCCUUUGUGAUCGAAUAAAUUAAACAUUACACAGUU